UAUAUAAAGUCUGUGGUUUUCUUUAUUUUGAUUUUUUAACCAAGUUUUCGAGCAAUAUACUUUACAUAGAUAUAAUAGUAAUCUUAUUAUUAUUCCUACUAUUAUACUUCAUGUAAACUUUCAGUGCUUAUAGCACUGUAUAGAAAAAUAAAGUUUUUAAUACUGUAACAUAGCGAUUAUUUCCUCUGUGUGGUAAUUGAUGGUACUUUAAAAAGACAUUAAUUACAACCUCAAAACGAUAUGACUACUGAAAACACAAAAGAUAUUGGUAAAAUAUGUAUUCCGGGUAUGAGGAUCAGUUUAUUAAACAAAGAAUUUAUAUCUGGACCCGGAACAUAUGAAUUGAAAGGUUAUAUUUAUGCUGCUCUGGCCGGUAUUUUGAAAAUGGAAAAAGAUGAGAAUACAAAGGCUACUAUAGUAUCAGUUGAAAGCCCAAGAACACCAAGUGUAUUACCAAAAACAGGGGACAUCAUAACAGGGAAAGUAACAGUAGUUAAUUCUCGUAUGGUCAAUUGCAUAAUAUUAUGUGUUGGGCCAUCUGUACUUGUCAGGCCAUACAGAGCUGUACUCAAGAAAGAAGAUAUAAAAGCUACAGAUAAAGAUCGAAUAGAUCCAUAUAAGUGUUUUCGCCCUGGUGAUGUAAUAUUGGCAAGAGUUUUACCUAUGACAGAAAUUCAUUGGUACCAUCUAUCAACAGCAGAAAAUGAGCUUGGUGUGGUUCUAGCAACAGCUGAAGGAUCACCUCAAGGAGUAAGCAUGAUACCUAUAAGUUGGUCAGAAAUGCAGUGUCCCAAGACUUUAGUGAAGGAACCUCGAAAGGUGGCCAGGGUCAUACCAGAGAACAUAAAUCAAGCAUUAUUUCCAGUAGAUAAAACACAAAAUAAAACAGAAGAAACACAGAAAUCAUAACAGUACUUAAAUAUAGUAUUAUAUAUAAAGC